ACCUGCUCACCGCAUCGCAAUCGCAAAACUUAUGGUAUUUCGCGAAAGUUAUCGGUGCCGUCCUACUCGUGGAUUCUGUAUUUUUGCGGAAGGCGUCUAAUAAUGUAGUGAAACCUGAUAGCAGGCAGUACUGUUUGUUGAGUUAACCGACUACGUUUAGUUUCCUCCUUACUUGGUCUGAAUUUCAAAGUAAUGUUCUAUUUUAAGGCUCAAGGACUAUAUAAACCUGUGUCUGCCAUCACACAACAUCCUUCUCCCUUCAUCAGCUCAUUCACAUACAUCACUAAAAUCGAAAUCUGAUAAUUUCCGAUAACUAUCUAAACCACUCUUUCCCUACAAGCCCUCAUAAUGCAAUUCUCUACCAUCGUCCUCAGCACAGCUUUGUCUGCCACUGUUCUCGCAUCACCUGCACCUCGAGCCGCUCCAGAUGGUAUCCUGAAUAUCUUUUCAGAUGGUGGUUGCGUACGUGGUACUGAGUGUAGCCGCGACUUUCUGGUUCGAACUACGGAUGGAUGUACUAUCAUUCCUCCAGGAUGUAAAUCAGCACUCAGACUGAUUACUCUUAACAACGACUGCUCGCGUAAGAGUCCCUCUGAGCUUGUGGCUUACUUUAAUAAUUUUCUAACUGUUGAAUCAGUCAUUAUUUACACCGAUUCAGCGUGUACAUCCUCUUCUGUCAUCACGAUUAAUAAUACGAGUGUUGGCCAAUGCGAAAAUCCUAGCUCUACUUUGGGAGUCGGCUCUUUGAAGGUUAUUUGCACUGUGUAAAUGGUCUCUUGUUCAAUGUUGUCUGCGAGGUGUUGGGCUCAUUUCGGAAGUAAGAUAUGGAUGUUGGAAAAUGGAGGAUUUUUAGAGAGAGGUGGUUGGGAAUUCUUGCAUUAAUUCUUAAUCUCUUGGUUGUGGGAA